AUGACAAGCAAGAUCAUAACUGUUGUGGGCAUCACGGGAACGCAGGGAGCCUCUGUGGCUAGAACCUUCCUCGCAGAAGGCGGAUGGCAUGUCCGUGGUAUCACUCGCGAUCCUAGCAAGCCGUCGAGCCAGGAAUGGGUCAGCCAGGGUGUUGAAAUCGUCCAGGGCGACCUGAAUGAUCUCAACUCCCUGAAAUCUGCCUUCGCUGGGUCGUCUGUGAUAUUUGGCGUUACUGACUUCUGGGGCAUCGUCCGCGAUCCCGACGUUCAGAAGCAGGCUCAAGAGCAAGGCCAGCAGGUCAACCAGCGUGCUUAUGACGUGGAAGUGCAGCAGGGACGCAACAUCGUGGAUGCUGCCAACGCGACAGUGGGUACACUCGAUCGAUUCGUGCUCUCCACGCUAUCACCCACAAAGAAGUGGAGUAAGGGCAAGUAUACCCAUAACUACCAUUUCGACGCCAAAUGGGAAGCUGUUGAGUACUUGAAAGCCACUUACUCGGAGUUGGCGGAGAAAACUUCGUACCUACAGGUAGCACUCUACCUCACUAACUGGAAGGGUGACCUGGGUAAGCCAAGCAAGCAACCUGACGGCACUUACCUUCUCGCAGUGCCCUCUGACGGAGAUGGCAAAGUCGCCUUCGUUGACGCAGGCCAUGAUACAGGCGCCUUCACCAAAGCUCUGGUUCAGGUGAAGCCUGGUAUUGUCCUUCUUGGUUAUUCUAGCUUGCUGAGCUGGAAGGAAUAUGCUGCUUUAUGGGGCAAAAUCCACAACGUAGAGUGCCACUUCCACCGUCUCGACCGCAAGGUCCUUGAGAACGCCAUUCCCGGUGGUAUUGGUGAGGAGUUGGCUGAUAUGCUUGAAUAUAUCGGAGAGUUUGGCUAUGACGGUGGCGAUCCGGAUAUUGUCUAUCCCGAAAACCUUGAUGUUGACGUACCUGUCUAUACAGCCGAGGAGUACAUCAAGAAUGAGGACUGGUCGGCUGUAUUUGGAGUCUAA